CGAGACACACGGAGUUUUACCUGGAAUAUUUCAAACGCUUCCAAUUUGUGGUGUGUGACGCGGGGUCAGGUCCGAGCCAAGGGGUUUCCAUGACGAUGAGCGAGCACCCUGGUUGGUGGACGGUACCACUGCAGGAGUUCUGUGUGUAGAAAGAGAGGAAUGUCUUUAGCUAACUAGAGGCAGGAAUAACCAAGCAACAGGAAACCAAGAGGAAGAACUUCCUGCGAUGUCAGUGAAGGUGACCCCUGUGACCCCUGCUGGCCCCGCCCACCCCCAGCCCUGCUCUCUGCCACUCAUCGUUCUGCAGGAUAUGGAGGGGGAGACAGAGGAGAGGGGCGAGGUCCACAGGUGUUUAAGGAGUUCCGGUGUGCAGGUUCCAUUCAACAUGAACAACAGCAACAGCAACGAGGAAGAGGAACAGAAGAAGAAGACAAGUAAAAAGGAGAGGAAAGAGAAAAAGGAGAGGAAAGAGAAAAAGGAGAAAGAAAAGCAGGAGAAAAGGGAGAGAAAGGAACAGAAGAAGAAGGAGAAAGAGGAGAAGGAGUUGAAGGAGAAAGAGGAGAAGGAGAAGAAGGAGAAAGAGGAGAAGGCCAAAGCUGAAGCGCCUAAAGAGAUCACGGUGAUAGACCCAGCAGGUAACAUGUAUUAUAACUGGCUCCUUGUCAUCACCAUUCCUGUAAUGUACAACUGGACCCUCAUCAUAGCCAGGGCCAGUUUUGAGGAGCUCCAGACAGACUUUCUGAUCUACUGGUUCAUCAUAGACUGUGUCUCUGAUGUGGUCUACCUGGCGGAUAUGGUGUUCAGGACCAGGACAGGUUACCUGGAACAGGGUCUGUGUUACCUGGAACAGGGUCUGUUGAUACGACUCAACAAGCUGUUUAGAAUCAACAGAGAUAUGACUCAACAAGCUGUUCAGAAUCAACAGGUGAGUCAACUAGAGAUAUGACUCAACAAGCUGUUCAGAAUCAACAGGAUGUUGGAGUUCUUUCAGAGGACAGAGACUAGGACCAACUUCCCCAACGUUCUGCGUAUCUCCAACCUCGUCAUGUACAUCGUCAUCAUCAUACACUGGAACGCUUGUCUUUACUACUCUUUCUCCAAGGCGAUUGGUUUCGGAGCUAAUAAGUUUGUGUACCCCGACACGACCAUGUACUGGUCGACCCUGACACUCACAACUAUCGGAGAGACUCCUCCCCCUGUACAGAACUCUGAGUACUUCUUCGUCGUCACAGACUUCCUGGUUGGCGUGUUGAUCUUUGCUACCAUCGUCGGUAACGUCGGUUCCAUGAUCACCAACAUGAACGCUGCCAGGGCAAACUUCCAGGCCAGGAUAGAUGCCAUCAAACAGUACAUGACUUUCAGAAAGGUCACCAAGGACCUGGAGAAGAGGGUGAUCAAGUGGUUUGACUACUUGUGGACCAAUAAGAAGGCAGUAGAUGAGAGGGAGGUGCUAAAGUUCCUUCCUGAUAAACUCAGGGCUGAGAUUGCUAUCAACGUACACCUGGACACACUGAAGAAGGUGCGUAUCUUUGCUGACUGUGAGGCUGGUCUCCUGGUAGAGUUGGUAUUGAAGCUUCAGCCUCAGGUCUACAGUCCAGGAGAUUACAUCUGCAAGAAGGGAGACAUCGGACGAGAGAUGUACAUCAUCAAGGAAGGGAAGCUGGCCGUUGUCGCCGACGACGGGAUCAAACAGUUUGUUGUCCUUAGCGACGGGAGCUACUUCGGGGAGAUCAGUAUUCUGUCCAUAAAGGGUUCCAGGGCUGGAAACAGGAGGACUGCUAACAUCAGGAGUGUUGGGUACUCUGACCUGUUCUGCCUCUCUAAAGACGACCUCAUGGAGGCCCUGUCGGAGUAUCCUGAUGCUAAAGCCAUGUUGGAGGAGAAGGGACGGCAGAUCCUGAUGAAGGACAACCUGCUGGACCUGGAGGUGGCGGCGCAGGGCCCGGACCCCAAGGACAUGGAAGAGAAGGUGGAGAGGAUGACAGCAACACUGGAGUCCCUCCAGACGCGAUACGCCCGGCUCCUCGCCGAACACGAGGCGGGCCAGAGCAGACUGAAACGCAGAGUCACCCGGCUGGAGAAGAAAGUGGUGGCUCCGGUCCAGGAGGUCGAGGAGCUAGGGGUGGAGAUGGGUACCGUGGCAACCACAGAGUAGAAGAAAUAGUCCCGCCGUUCUGUGUUCAUUAUGUUUUUGAGGAAGGUCUUACCUACCUACUAUAGUUGACUGACUGGAAGUCGCUCUGGGUGAGAGUGUUCGCUAAAUUACCAUAAUGUAACGAUGUCAGAGCAACGUGGUUGAGAAAGGACCACUGAACAACAACAGAACGUGGCAUCCAGGUGGUAGAGGAAUUAGAGUGACACCAAGAGUUGACUGACCUGUCAGUAUCUUAUAUAUAAUAAUAUAUGCCAUUUGGCAGACGUUUUUAUCCAAAGCGACUUACAGUCAUGUGUGCAUACAUUCUACGUAUGGGUGGUCCCGGGAAUCGAACCCACUACCCUGGCGUUACAAGCGCCAUGCUCUACCAACUGAGCUAUCAGAUCACAUCAAGCCCCAUGAUGUAUAACCUUUGAUCUUUGACCCUUAAUCUUGAGUGGGUUGUUCCACAGGUGACCAAAAGAGCCAUAGAGGGAGAAAACAGCAUAGUCUACUUGAUAUACAGUCUUUUCUGAAUCGGUACAAACAGAAUGACAGAUCAGAAUAACUUUUUAUGCUUGUUGUCUUGUUCUGUCCACCAAAUAUUCACCACCACUUGAUGUAUAACCUUUAAAAGCCCCUGAUGAAUAACCUUUAAAAGCCCCUGAUGAAUAACCUUUAAAAGCCCCUGAUGAAUAACCUUUAAAAGCCCCUGAUGAAUAACCUUUAAAAGCCCCCUGAUGUAUAACCUUUAAAAGCCCCUGAUGAAUAACCUUUAAAAGCCCCUGAUGAAUAACCUUUAAAAGCCCCUGAUGAAUAACCUUUAAAAGCCCCUGAUGAAUAACCUUUAAAAGCCCCUGAUGAAUAACCUUUAAAAGCCCCUGAUGAAUAACCUUUAAAAGCCCCUGAUGUAUAACCUUUAAAAGCCCCUGAUGAAUAACCUUUAAAAGCCCCUGAUGAAUAACCUUUAAAAGCCCCUGAUGAAUAACCUUUAAAAGCCCCUGAUGAAUAACCUUUAAAAGCCCCAUGAUGUUUAACCUUUAAAAGCCCCUGAUGUAUAACCUUUAAAAGCCCCUGAUGAAUAACCUUUAAAAGCCCCUGAUGAAUAACCUUUAAAAGCCCCUGAUGAAUAACCUUUAAAAGCCCCUGAUGAAUAACCUUUAAAAGCCCCUGAUGAAUAACCUUUAAAAGCCCCUGAUGAAUAACCUUUAAAAGCCCCUGAUGAAUAACCUUUAAAAGCCCCUGAUGAAUAACCUUUAAAAGCCCCUGAUGAAUAACCUUUAAAAGCCCCUGAUGUAUAACCUUUAAAAGCCCCUGAUGAAUAACCUUUAAAAGCCCCUGAUGAAUAACCUUUAAAAGCCCCUGAUGAAUAACCUUUAAAAGCCCCUGAUGAAUAACCUUUAAAAGCCCCUGAUGAAUAACCUUUAAAAGCCCCCUGAUGUUUAACCUUUAAAAGCCCCUGAUGAAUAACCUUUAAAAGCCCCUGAUGAAUAACCUUUAAAAGCCCCUGAUGAAUAACCUUUAAAAGCCCCUGAUGAAUAACCUUUAAAAGCCCCUGAUGAAUAACCUUUAAAAGCCCCUGAUGUAUAACCUUUAAAAGCCCCUGAUAUAUAACCUUUAAAAGCCCCUGAUGAAUAACCUUUAAAAGCCCCCUGAUGUUUAACCUUUAAAAGCCCCACGAUGUAUAACCUUUAAAAGCCCCAUGAUAAAUAACCUCUAAAAGCCCCAUGAUAAAUAACCUUUAAAAGCCCCAUGAUGUUUAACCUUUAAAAGCCCCUGAUGAAUAACCUUUAAAAGCCCCAUGAUAAAUAACCUUUAAAAGCCCCAUGAUGUAUAACCUUCAAAAGCCCCUGAUGUAUAACCUUUAAAAGCCCCAUGAUGAAUAACCUUUAAAAGCCCCUGAUGUAUAACCUUUAAAAAGCCCCAUGAUGUAUAACCUUUAAAAGCCCCUGAUGAAUAACCUUUAAAAGCCCCAUGAUGUAUAACCUUUAAAAGCCCCAUGAUGUAUAACCUUUAAAAGCCCCAUGAUGUAUAACCUUUAAAAGCCCCAUGAUGUAUAACCUUUAAAAGCCCCUGAUGUAUAACCUUUAAAAGCCCCUGAUGUAUAACCUUUAAAAGCCCCAUGAUGUAUAACCUUCAAAAGCCCCAUGAUGAAUAACCUUUAAAAGCCCCAUGAUGUAUAACCUUCAAAAGCCCCUGAUGUAUAACCUUUAAAAGCCCCAUGAUGAAUAACCUUUAAAAGCCCCAUGAUGUAUAACCUUCAAAAGCCCCCGAUGUAUAACCUUUAAAAGCCCCAUGAUGAAUAACCUUUAAAAAGCCCCUGAUGUAUAACCUUUAAAAAGCCCCAUGAUGAAUAACCUUUAAAAGCCCCAUGAUGUAUAACCUUUAAAAGCCCCUGAUGUAUAACCUUUAAAAGCCCCAUGAUGAAUAACCUUUAAAAGCCCCAUGAUGAAUAACCUUUAAAAAGCCCCUGAUGUAUAACCUUUAAAAAGCCCCAUGAUGUAUAACCUUUAAAAGCCCCAUGAUGUAUAACCUUUAAAAGCCCCAUGAUGUAUAACCUUUAAAAGCCCCUGAUGUAUAACCUUUAAAAGCCCCAUGAUGAAUAACCUUUAAAAGCCCCAUGAUGUAUAACCUUUAAAAGCCCCUGAUGUAUAACCUUUAAAAGCCCCAUGAUAAAUAACCUUUAAAAGCCCCAUGAUGUAUAACCUUUAAAAGCCCCUGAUGUAUAACCUUUAAAAGCCCCUGAUGUAUAACCUUUAAAAGCCCCAUGAUGUAUAACCUUUAAAAGCCCCUGAUGUAUAACCUUUAAAAGCCCCAUGAUGUAUAACCUUCAAAAGCACCAUGAUGUAUAACCUUUAAAAGCCCCUGAUGUAUAACCUUUAAAAGCCCCAUGAUGUAUAACCUUCAAAAGCCCCAUGAUGAAUAACCUUUAAAAGCCCCAUGAUGUAUAACCUUCAAAAGCCCCUGAUGUAUAACCUUUAAAAGCCCCAUGAUGAAUAACCUUUAAAAGCCCCAUGAUGUAUAACCUUCAAAAGCCCCCGAUGUAUAACCUUUAAAAGCCCCAUGAUGAAUAACCUUUAAAAAGCCCCUGAUGUAUAACCUUUAAAAAGCCCCAUGAUGUAUAACCUUUAAAAGCCCCAUGAUGUAUAACCUUUAAAAGCCCCUGAUGUAUAACCUUUAAAAGCCCCAUGAUGAAUAACCUUUAAAAGCCCCAUGAUGUAUAACCUUUAAAAGCCCCUGAUGUAUAACCUUUAAAAGCCCCAUGAUAAAUAACCUUUAAAAGCCCCAUAAUGUAUAACCUUUAAAAGCCCCAUGAUGUAUAACCUUUAAAAGCCCCUGAUGUAUAACCUUUAAAAGCCCCAUGAUGAAUAACCUUUAAA